AUGGCAGCUGCAAUUGAGGUCCAGAGAAAGGAUGGUUAUUUGCAGUUACACAAGAGCAAAGGGCAGCACCUUUUAACCAAUCAACGGAUUCUCGACAAAAUUGUUCAAAAAUCCGCAAUAAAACCCACCGACACCGUCCUCGAGAUUGGACCCGGCACCGGAAAUCUCACGCUCAAUCUUGUAGAAGCCGCCCAGAGCGUCGUCGUCGUCGAACUCGAUAAGCGGAUGGUGGAGGUUCUCCAAAAACGUGUUGAGGAGAGUGGGGUUCAAGACCGUUUGGCUGUUAUCAAUAAAGAUGCAUUGAAGGCGGAGUUUCCUCCGUUUGAUCUUGUUGUGGCGAACAUUCCAUACGGCAUAUCUUCGCCUCUGGUAGCUAAAUUGGUUUACGGGGCAAGGCUGUUUCGUAGCACCACACUGCUGCUGCAAAGGGAGUUUGCGAGGAGAUUGUUGGCUAAGCCAGGCGACUCGGAGUUCAACCGCUUGGCUGUGAAUGUGAACCUGGUGGCCGAUGUCGAGUUUGUCAUGGAUGUGAGCAAGAAGGAGUUUGUCCCGUGCCCAGAAGUUGAUUCGUCUGUUGUUAUAAUCCGCCCGAAAGCUGAAGUUCCGAAUAUUAAUCUGGACGAGUGGUGGGCUUUCAUAAAAGCUUGUUUCUGUAAGAAGAACAGAACGCUUGGGGCAACCUUCAAACAAAAGAAGAAGGUGAUGGAGCUACUGGAGAUGUUCAAUUUGGCAGGCUUAAAUGGUGAAGGCAAAGAUUAUAUUAGUAGCAGCGACAACGAUGACGAUGAAGGAAAGAGUGAUGAAGAGGAGUUUUCUCCGUCUUCUUGCUCGGAAAUAGGGGCGAGUUCUUUCAAGGAGAAGUUAAUUGGGGUUCUGAAAUCAGGUAAUUUUGAAGACAAGCGGCCUUCAAAGCUGUCGAAUGAGGAGUUAUUGCAUUUACUGGCAAUGUUUAAUCAAAAGGGAAUUUACUUUCAUGAUCACUCUUAAGAGUGGGAAUGCAGAGAAUGAAACAUUUACUGUUGCAUACACUUGAUAGCUAUUAGCUUAAACUAUUUGGAGGGAAAUUCAAACUUUGAGUGCAGAGAAAAGCACACAAUUCUAGUCAAUUUGGCUACAUCUAGACUUGCGAUAGCUAUUAACCUAUUA